UUAAGAUUUGUUAAUUACAUUACAUUAAAAUUUAGUUAAUAGUCUAGCUGGAAUAUUUUUUUCAUAUUAUAUAUGUUCUAACAGCUAUUCCUCCUUGUCUCGAAUUGUCUACUAUAUAAAUAAUGUCUAACAUUUCGUAUGAUCUCGACACCUCGGGUGGUCUUAUGCCUUUUAUAAGGGCGAUAAUUAAGCCACCCGAUGAAGAUUUGAUUCCACCGAAACCCAAAAAGCCUCAACAUCCAUAUUAUAAAAGACCUGGUAAGGGUCACAAUCAUGAUUCCUGUGACGCUUGUGGCGAAGGAGGUGACUUAAUUUGUUGUGAUCGCUGUCCAGCCAGCUUUCAUCUUGGAUGCUAUGAUCCACCAUUAGAGGUUAGUGAUAUCCCCACUGGCUUGUGGUUGUGCCGUGAGUGCUGUGCAGCUGAUGAGAAGCAGUCAUCAACACGAAGCUCCAGAGCUCAGUCACCGGCUGAUAAGUCUGAUACUGAGAAGAGAACUAGGGCAAGUACAUCAGCUAAGAAGAAGAAUAAAGAAGAUGACAAGGAGUCUGAAGAAGACAAAGAAACAGAGGAAGUCAGCAAGGAGCCUGAAGAAGAGAAGAAAGAACUCACACCAAUGGAGAUUCUCGUCAAAGCGGCUAAAGUUAUGAACCCCAAGCAGUUUGAGUUGCCGAGAGAAAUGAGGAUACCAAUGAUAUUUCCAGGAACUGAAAAAGAGGGCAGUAAGAACGGCAACGCUACAGUGGUGAAUGUGGACUCGUGGGGCUGCGUGCCGCUGCCGGCCAAGGCGUGCUAUGUGUGCCGUGGAACCUGCAAGCCUGCACCGCUGCUGCAGUGCGACUAUUGCCCAUUGCUCUUCCAUCAGGAUUGUCUGGAUCCGCCGCUUACCGCUCUUCCCACAGGACGAUGGAUGUGUCCCAAUCAUGUGGAGAAAUAUAUCGACUGGAAGCUGGUGAACUCUAUAUCAGCAACGGAGCGCGUGGCUCUGUGGGAUAAGUUCUCUGAGCCGGUAGACCAGCACGCCAUCAAGAUUGACUUCAUACGGCGCGCCAGGAGAGCCAGGCCUGCCUUUAGAGUGAAGGCGUGGGGGUACCGCGGACGCGUGGUGGUGCCGGCCAUGGUGCGGCUGCACUACCGCCGCCCGCCGCCGCUGCUGCCCAGCCGCAGGGAACAUGUGCGAUGCAAUAAUGUAUUAAAAAAGCUGCAGGCAGGCGGAGUAUACUCUGAGUCUGAUGAUGAGGAGGGCGUGAAGGAGAAGCACCGCAUCUGCAUGAACACGGGCUGCCCGCAGUACUCGGGCGGCUCCUGCCCGCUGCGCCCCGCCAGCGAGGAUGACGCAAACGAUGACCUGGAUGCCAUCACAACUCCUCAACAGAAGGAAGAAAAAGCGGAUUCAUCGAGUGAGUUGUCAGACUCCGACUUCGAGUACCUGACGAGCAAGGUGAAGCGGCGGCGCGUGUCCGGUGGCUGGGGGUGGGGGGGAGCACGCGCAGCCAGGACUGACCGCCUGCAGCUGCGCGACGCUGGUGUAGACCAGCUGCUGGCUGCCGUCGAUAGACAUCUGCAUCUGCUGGAUGAUCGCCUCGUCAAGCUGCUCGCCUGGCAGCAGCUGCAGCAGAUAGCAUGUGGCGAGGCAGUAGUAGGGCGGUGGCGCGGGUGCGGUGCUGGAGGCGGUGCUGCUGGUGCGCGGCUGCUGGGCGGGGUGGAGCGCGCGCGGCUGGCCCGGCUGGGCGUGCGGCGCGCCGCCCUGCCUUCUGAACUCCUCGCACGUGCAGACCGCGAGCGCAUUGCACGCCUCGUGUGGGGCGCCCCGCCCCCACCACCUCAAGCCACGCCCCGCGACACCAGCGCCCUCCAGCCGCACCUCCCUGUGCGUGCUGUGCUCACACCUGUCAAAGUUGAUAGAGAGGGUGGGGAGGCUCGGUUCGGGAGCGGAGUGGCGAUGCGUCUGUCGAGCGUGUCAGUGGGUACACACGGAUGCGAGGUGCCGCUGUCCCCGCACUGCCGGCACGCCUCCGCGCAACACGCACUUAUAUUCUGCGAUGAGGUGACAGGACAUUUUGAGCUGAUCAACUACUCGGAGUUCGGAAGCCGUGUGAAUGGUGUGCUGUACACGUGCGACUGGUCGCCGCGUGAAGUGGGGGCAGAUCGCCCAGCGGAGGGCGAGGGUGCAGCACCAGACCCGGUACAGGAGGCGGAUGCACGCGCCGCGGCUCUCAGAGAUCUAGUACAUAGCAGGCAACCACCGCCACGCAGGCCCAAUGGCGCCCUGACAGUGCGUCCGUCUUGGGAAGAAGACGAGGAGUGCCGGUGCGGUAGUACAACGCCAGGAGGCGGUGGUGCCUGGGAGGGCUCUGCGCUGCUGCCACACGGCGCUCUGCUGCAGUUCGGCUGCUGCCGGUACGUGUUCAGCAUCGCCAACGAUGACAACUGAACAAAUAGUAUAAGUUCAGUCUUGUCAAGGAUGACCACAACCACAUGAUACGUGUUCAGUCUUGUCAAAGAUUAACACUAACCAAUUAGUAUGUGUUCAGUCUUGUCAUAGAUGACCACUGACUAAGGGUAUAUGUUCAGUCUUGUCAAGGAUGAUCGCUGAACAAUUAGUAUGUGUUCAGUAACGUCAAUGGUGACCACAAGGUAUGUGGUAUGGUAUGAUAUGUGGUAUGGUAUGCAAGGUAUGAUCUAAUUAUGUUCAGCAUUGAAUAUAAGGGCUUUGUAGUAUAAAAACUAUAUUGUUUAGGUUCCAAGUUACUUUUAGACAUCCAAUAUAUUGUCUUUGAAUUAAAAGCUUUUAUUCAUAGCAUGACUUAACUUAAUAAAUAGUUCUGUCGAAAACUAACUACGAGAUAGUUGCCCUUCAUUCAAUUUUUACUACUAAUGUUUAGAAAUAAUAAAUAAGACUUAUCAAUAAAACAUACUUUUAAUAUUUUAAGUUUUGUUAUAUUUAAUGCAAUAGUUAUGUUAUAUUGUGAGCAAUUUACUAAUUAAAAUUAAAACUAGGAGAAAAGGCAAUGUUCUGAUUCCCUCACUUGUUCCGACUCU